AUGCGACCAACUUUCCCCUCGAUGCGUUUCUGGUUUCAAGCUACGGCUCACGGCCCGCCAGACAUGCUGCUGCCGGAAUCGAUGAUCGACAAACGUGAGAUGACAGGACAGACGUUCCCAUCUCUUGCCUUCCCUUUCUGUUCACGUCCUGACGACCCUUCCCUCUCGCUGUCCGAGUCUCCGCCAGCGGUGCUCAGUCACACUCUCUUGCCACCUUCCUUCCUUCCUUCCUCUUUGACCACCGUUCUUCUUACAACUGACCUUCCCCCGACCGACCCCUCUCCGACGUCAUCUCCCACUGGCGUUCGCUACCUGAGCCUCGCAUCACAUCUCAAGCCAAAAGCGUCAAGCAGCCGUCUGUGCGAUGUGAGCUCUGCUAAUGUCGCUUUAGCUGACAACAGGCAACAUAUCGACGAGAAGCAGUUGGUCGGUGCGCUCCUGAGCGCGGCGCCGGCACACCCGAACGCCGUGGCUGGCCUCGCCGGUGUCCCCGCGAUCCGAACCCUCACGCCCAAAUCCUCGUCCAAGUCGCUCAAGGACACCCUUGGCGCAGUGGCGGGACGGAGGAAGACCGAGUCGACGCUCAUCAUUCCGACCAUCUCCGUAACGCCCGCAGAGGGGGAUGAGGACGACGGCACCGAGACGCGGCGCGACUCCUUCCUCGCUGCGCAGGAGGCCAUCGCCGCCGCGCGCGGGGUAUUAGGCGCGAACGCGGCCGCGCUCGAAGCUGACGGGUCCCACGAGCCCCUCAAUGGCAAGAGCGGGCACGGCAAGCGCGGCCGUCGCGGACGGCGUGCAAAGCCCAAACCGCUCGUCAACUUUGACGAGGAGAAGCAUGACAGGCCCAGAGGUCGAUCUCGAUCACCCAAGUAUCGGAUUCACACGCGUCCAGCCCCGCCGGCGGCGCUCGUUUAG